AAGCAACUUGGGUUUGGACACAGCCUUGAGGAAGAGCGAUUUAUUCAAGAAAAGAGAAGCUCUGUGGUUCUUUUUCAGGUUCUUUUUUGGGAAAAUUGUGAGAACCUCAUACAGUUGGUCCAAGAUGCCUGUGAUGAAAGGCCUCCUCGCCCCACAAAACUUUUUGGACUCCAUUGCAAACCACUUUGAUGGCACCCACAGUAACUUCCUGCUGGGAAAUGCUCAGGGUUGCCAUGGCUACCCCAUCGUAUACUGCUCUGAUGGGUUUUGUGAGCUGACCGGCUUCGUUCGGACUGAAGUGAUGCAGAAAACGUGUACAUGCAACUUCCUGUACGGGGCUGACACCAGUGACAGUGUGACCCAGCAGGUGGACAAAGCCCUGGAGGGCCAUCAGGAGUACCAAGGAGAGGUCUGCUUCUACAGGAAAAACGGAAAUUCAUUUUGGUGCCUCCUGGAUAUUGUGCCAAUUAAAAACGAGAAUGGAGCAGUGGUGUUGUUCCUCUUAUCCUUCAAAGACAUCAGUGAAUCAUAUGGGAAAAACCAUCACUACUCUGAAGGAGACGGGAUGGCAGAGGUCAUUCAUCACAGCAGGAAAAACAACAGAUCCCACUUUUCCCAAGUACAAGAGAGGGGGAGAACGAUUGUACAUCAGCUGACAAACCUGUUCCCCAAACGAGAGAAGAAGAAACUGACGAAUAGCAUGUUCCAGAAACCGUCUCUGCCAGAGUACAAGGUGGCGUCUGUAAAGAAGUCCCGCUUCAUACUUCUUCACUACAGUAUCUUCAAGGCCUUAUGGGAUUGGUUAAUUCUGCUGGCGACCUUCUACGUAGCAGUCACCGUGCCAUACGAUGUCUGCUUUGCCAGUCAUGAUGAAGACAGCGUCCAUCAUUCACUGAUCACUCACAGCACGAUAGGCAGCGACAUCGCAGUGGAGGUGCUCUUCAUACUUGAUAUUAUUCUGAAUUUCCGCACCACCUAUGUGAGUCAGUCUGGUCAGGUAGUGUACAACCCCCGAUCCAUUUACCUCCAUUACUGCACCACCUGGUUCUUUGUGGACCUGAUUGCGGCUUUGCCCUUUGACCUCCUCUACGCUUUCAACAUCACAGUGACGUCUUUGGUCCACUUGUUGAAGACGGUCCGCCUGCUGCGUCUGCUGCGCCUGUUACAGAAACUGGAUCGCUACUCCCAGUACAGCGCUGUGGUCCUCACCCUGCUUAUGUCAGUGUUUGCCCUGCUGGCUCACUGGAUGGCUUGUGUCUGGUACGUCAUUGGCCGCAAUGAGAUAGAAAGCAGUGACCCGGUUACCUGGGACAUAGGUUGGCUUCAGGAGCUGGGAAAGCGUCUGGAGACCCCAUACAUCAACGGCACCAUAGGAGGACCCUCCAUGCCGAGCGCUUACAUCGCCUCGCUCUACUUCACCCUCAGCAGCCUCACCAGUGUCGGGUUCGGCAACGUGUGCGCCAACACAGAUGCAGAAAAAAUCUUCUCCAUCUGCAUCAUGCUCAUGGGUGCUCUGAUGCACGCUGUGGUGUUUGGAAACGUAACUGCCAUCAUCCAGCGCAUGUACUCGCGACGCUCAUUGUACCACACACGAAUGAAGGACCUCAAGGACUUCAUUCGAGUGCAUCGACUCCCUCAGCAGCUGAAGCAGAGGAUGCUGGAGUACUUUCAGGCCACCUGGUCAGCCAACAAUGGUAUUAAUGCCAAUGAGCUGCUGCAUGACUUCCCAGAUGAGCUGCGAGCUGACAUCGCCAUGCAUCUGAACAAAGACAUCCUGCAGCUGCCUGUGUUUGAGCGAGCCAGUAGAGGAUGUCUGCGCUCCCUCUCCCUGCACAUCAAGACUUCCUUCUGUGCGCCGGGAGAAUAUCUUAUUCGACACGGAGAUGCCCUGCAAGCCAACUAUUAUGUCUGCUCCGGCUCCCUGGAGGUCCUGAAAGACGGAAUGGUCCUCGCCAUUCUGGGUAAAGGUGACCUCAUCGGGGCUGACCUCCCAGAACAUGAUCAGGUGAUCAAAACCAAUGCAGACGUGAAGGCGCUGACCUAUUGUGACCUUCAGUACAUCAGUGUCCGGGCUCUGAGGGAGGUUCUUGAACUGUAUCCAGAAUAUGGCAGCAGGUUCAGCUCUGACAUCCACCACAACCUCACCUACAACUUGAGAGAAGGCAAUGAUGUUGACGGGGUAAGGUUUCCAUGGUCUCAGAAGAUGUCUCAGGACCAUAAACUACCUUAUAUUGUUGAGGCCAACGAUGUCAGACACGGAGAUGACCUGAGACACCAGAGAAGAGUUCCUCUGUUACAUGGAAUGGGCAGCCCUGUUCAUCAGCCCCGUCUGAGUACGCUGCUGGGGGAGGAGCUCCACCCCCUUCGCCUCUGCCGCUCACCGGCUCAGGGCAGCCGAGGCUGUAGCCCUUCACCUCAACUGUUCAACGACGAGCUCUGUUCGUCGUCUUUACCGAGUAUCAUCAGUGACACGAACCCCAGCUGUCGGCCAGCCAAGUUACUUAUGCCGUCCUUACCUUGUGUUAGUCCACUGAACCUUAGCCCCAGGGUCGUGGAUGGAAUUGAGGACAACGGACACAGGUUUCAGUUUAAUGUAGAGCAGAGUGAAGCGAAGACAAAUGCAGCAGAUCAGAUCCAAGUGAACACCGGCCUGCUUCUGGAGACAGAGGAAGUCAGACAGGACAUCGGCAAACUAAGCAAAGAGGUAAACAAUUUAAACCAAGAAGUUUCCAACCUGUCAAAAGAGCUCCAUGAUAUGAUGCACUUCCUCCAGUCCCACAUGGCCACGCUGCAUUACACCUCUGCAGGCUCAACCUAUUCCUACGGCUGCCAGAUGGCUCCCAGUCCCAGUGUGACGGCCUCCAGUGACUGGCAGCCGCACGGCCCUUUAAAUAUCGCCACCGGUCUGCACCUCCAUCAUGACGCCAUCAGCCACCCUGCCAGAAAUGCGUGGGGUUGCCGUGGGAUACCCUCUCAGGGCAGGAGUCCCUCUUUACUGAAUUCGCCUUGUUUACACAUGUGCUGCUCUGACAGAGACGGGAACAUGUUACAGAGCCAGUGUAGCCCGUUUCAAACCCCCAGAGCCAGUCCAAACUCUGCUUAUGCCACACACUCUCAUGGGCAGGCAGGUCCUUCCCUCCUGGGGAUCGGUUCUCCUUUCAGCAGCUUCCAAGUGGGUUACAACAUGUCUAUUCCAACAAUGAGCAGCUCUCGCCCUCUGUGCUCCCCUGUAAAUCUUACCCUCUCCCACGCCUCUCUAAAUGUUCAAACUAACUCUGAUCCCACACAUAAGCAGAACCCCCAGACCCCUAUCCAUUCCUCCGUCACUCCCACAGGCCAGCCGCAGUUCCACACCGCCUUCAGCUCUCUCGCCUCUCCAGGGGUCCACACUUCGGGAUGCACCCGACACAACCAGCAGGUUCCUGUCGGCGGUCCCAGAUAUAAUGACCCACUAGGAUCCAGCCCUAUGCACCAAACACAGGACCUUGCAUGUUCUCUGUUGGCACCAGUAGGGGAUAGAGGCUGCAGAGCUGUGCAGCAGAGGAUGGACAAUACUGAACCUCCAACCACAGAAACUCAGCCACCUCUGAUAGACAUGGAAGGAAUACAAGCCCAGUACUAAUGACCUCAGUAUUGUGUUGUGUUCAUGUGUAAUGAUGCUUUUAUUGUAAAGUGAUAGAUUAUUGUUUCCAUCAAUAAAAUCCUGUCAGUCC